AUGUUUUCCUACAGACAGAGCUCCAGCUCCCGCUGCCUGACCCCCUGUGGCAUCUCCUGCCCCCAGCCCUGUGCUGACACCUGGAACCAGCCCUGUGUCACCUCCUGUGGGGACUCCAGGGCUGUCAUCCACCCUCCGCCCGUGGUCAUCACCUUCCCGGGGCCCAUCCUCAGCUCCUGCCCGCAGGAGAGCAUCGUGGGCUCCUCAGCACCCUCAAACUUCCUGGGAUCUGGAAACUUCCUGGGAUCCGGGGGUUCCUACGGCUCCUACAAUUACGGGAGGUCCUACUCUUCAUACGGAUCCUCUGGCAGCUGCAGACCCUGCUGA